AUGGGGACGAGGAUUUUGUUGGUUUUCUCGGCCAUCCCGCCGAUUUUUUUUGAAAAAUUCGCUGAAAAUCGGGAUUUCCCUGAAAUUAUCAGCGAAAAUGCAGUUUUUCAACGACGAUUUAAAUUUUGCAUUGAUUAUUGGGCCGUGGCAAAGCUAGGAGGUCAGAAAGAAGCUGAAAAAUUACGUGGUGAGUGAUUUUAUGAAAAAUUGAAGAUUUGCAUUGAUUUUCAGGAUUUAUGUUACUGGAAUGA